AUGGACGUACGGAAAAUCUCGUUCUCCUUCCGGAAUCAAUUGCCGGAUGGUGAGACGCUGCAGCCAAUCAAAAUCGCGUUCUUAGGUUGUCGCCAUCCCCAUGUUAUGUAUCGUUUCGCGAUUCUGGAGAAGAUGGGUGGGUUUGAGUUUUCUGGUUUCUACGAAGAGGAUUCUGCUAUUGCGGAGGGGCUUGCUGAAAGGCUUCCCCGGCUGCUUCGGUUUGAUUCGCCCAAGGGUCUUCUUGAUACUAACCCAGACAUUGUUAUGAUACAUGCGUUAGACCCAGAUGUUCCACGCUGGGCGCGGUUCGCGAUAGAUCACCCAGCCGAGUUCAGAGGACUGUUUCUGGAAAAGCCGGGAGCUGCUUUGCCCAGUGAUUUCUAUCGGCUGGCAGAAGAGAUCAAAAGGAAACGGCCGACACUCGUGGUUGAACUGGGGUACGAGCUACAUUACUCCGAGCCUCUAGAGUUUGCGCGGCAAGUCAUCCGCGAAGGGGCAUUAGGCGAUAUCACCACCGCGCGUUUUCACGGAGGAUGUCCCUCUGGGGCUGGGCUAGAAUUAUGGCAAUCCAUCCCUGAGGACCUCGGUGGAAUUCUCCAAACCUCGGGAUGUCAUACCCUAGAAAACAUAUUGGACCUAUUCGGGGCCCCCGAGCGAGUAGUGUCCUCUAUUCGAAAACUACCACCAAAGCCACCUCGCCCUAUUGUGGGUUGGAUCCCUGAUCUAUUCACUGGGACGGUAGAUCAGGCAAGCUUUGGUGUUGGGACACUGCUAUACGAAGAUGUUUGCUCCGGUAUCCUAGAAUAUGAUGAUAAAACUGUCACUCUCGACAUGACAGCCUGGGAACCGACCGAAUGGUGCAACGAAUGGGCAAUUGAUAUAUACGGAACCAAUGGGUCUUUACAUGUCAUCCCGGACUUCCCUGUGGCUACGCUUAACCUGCGACGUGCCGCGGGAAGCUUCUCAGCGGGUGAAACAAAGUUGCAGACCGAGUAUCCCCACGGGAAAACGAAUAUACCUCGUUGUUUCAUGAAACAACUCGAGUCUCUGUUUAAUCGAGUCCGGGGCAUGCAUGAAGGCUCUGACGAAUGCUGUGGCAUGGCCAAGAACAUUGAGAUCAUGAAAGUGAUCGAGGCCUUUUAUAAGUCUGCCGAAUCAAGACAAUGGGUGACUUUAUGA